AUGGGAUGUGUUGCCUCCAAACUAGAGGAAGAAGAGGAAGUAGUAGCUAUCUGUAGAGAGAGAAAACGUUUGUUAAAGCUAGCUGUGGAGAAAAGAUACGCACUUGCAGAGGCUCAUUGCAAGUAUUUUCACUCUUUGAAUGCAGUAGCUGCAGCCAUUAAGCUCUUUGUUGCACGCCAUUCUUCACCUUCAUCACCUUUCCUCAUAACUUUCCCUCCUCCUUGCCCUUCUCAUUCUCCUCCACCAACAGAAAAUGUGAUAACCAACCCCAUGUUCCUCCAGCAGACACCAUCAGAAACCAAGCAUGAAGCUAUUGCUUGUGACUCAUGCAUUUCUUCUACAACCUCAGAGUCUUCUGAGGAAGAGAGUGAAGAAAAAGGGGAGGGAGAAGAUGAAGGUAAGGGAGAAGAAGUGCAAGAUGUGCAGCCAUGUGGGUACUACUACAUGCACAUGCCUAUGCCUGUGCCACCUUCAAUGCCAUCACCGCAGAGAGAUUUUGGGUGGGAUUUCUUCAACCCUUUUGAGAGUGUGAGGACUGAGGUUAUCAGUGGCUACCACAGGAACUCGGAUGAAGAUUUGAGGGCAGUGAGGGAGGAGGAGGGGAUUCCAGAGUUAGAGGAGGAAGUGGAAAGAGAAGAGCUUGAGCACAAAGUGAUGAGUGUUGAAGGGAAUAAUAAUAAUAACAACAAUGAAGGUGUUGAGCAUGUGAUGAAUAGUGUUGAAACUGUUAAAGUCGUGAAUGUCCCUGAAAAUAAAGGGGAGCAAAGGGGGCUUGCAGUUCUUGAUACACCAGCUGAGGGGAGAGAGUUGCUUGAAGCUUUGAAAGAUAUCGAGGACCAUUUUCUAAGGGCUUAUGAUUCUGGUAAGGAUGUAACCAGGAUGCUGGAAGCUAAUAGAAUACCCCUUCAUUCUAGUUUGGACGAAAUAAAAGAAAGUUCGACCAAACUCAUUCAUGCAAUAACAUGGAAGUCUAUUUCAUCUAGGCAAUCGUCAUGCAAGAGUCUCAUGGUGCCAAAUACAAGAAAUUCUUCAACUUGGGUGGAAUAUAAGAAUGAUCUGUUUGAUGAUUAUGGAGGAAUGGAUUCAGGAAGUCAUUUGUUAACCUUAGGAAGGUUAUAUGCAUGGGAAAAGAAACUGUUUGAUGAGGUUAAGGCUGGAGAUAGCACCCGGAAAAAUUAUGAGAAAAAAUGCACGCAGCUGAGAAAUAAGAACGUUAGAGGAGAUGAUGAACUAAGCACAGACAAAACUAGAGCUGAAGUGAAAGAUCUAUAUGCUGGGAUCUUGGUUGCAAUUCGACGUGCAGAGUCAAUUUCAAAGAGAAUUCAGAAAAUGAGAGAUGAAGAAUUACAACCUCAAAUUGUCGAACUAUUAAAAGGGUGGGAUAAGAUUACCACUGGAAUCCUGACCCAAUCAUGGAAAAUUAUGUUGGAGUCCCAUGAAACCCAGAAGAAGAUUCUCUCUGAGGUCAAAUAUUUCACAUGUGCCACAUAUGGGAAAUUCUGCAAUCAAUCCCAUGGACUUGCAACACUUCAACUCGAAGCUCAGCUUCAAAAUUGGCGCGACUGCUUUAAAGAGUAUACUGCAGCGCAAAAAGCAUAUGUUGAAGCGCUGCAUGGAUGGCUGAGUAAGUUCAUAGUCCCUGAAGUUGAAUUUUAUUCAAGAAGAAAAAAUGUUGCUAUUCCAUAUCAAGUCAACGGGCCACCACUACUGGUGAUAUGCAAUGAUUGGUUAUCUUCCCUGCAAAAAUUACCUGAUAAAAUGGUAACAGUUGCAUUGAAAAGUGUCGUGAAGGAUGUGAGAGCUCUGUGGCUUCAGCAAAAUAAAGAGCAGCAGCAGAAAAGGAGAAUAGACAGGCUAGAAAAAUAUUUGGACAGAAGAUAUUCAGGAUCACAUAAAGUGGAGACUAAGAUGCUUGAGUUGCAUGUCUCGGACCAGAAUUCAGAGGCAGGAACAGGUAGUCAAGACGAAUGCAUGAUGGAUAAGAAUGAUCACUUGGAGACACUAAGAAGAAAAGUUGAGGUAGAGAAGGAGAAGCACCACAGUUGCAUGCAAGAAACACAGAGGAUCACGUUACAUGGAUUGCAAUCUGGGUUUUCUGUAGUGUUUGAAUCUUUAACAGAGUUCUCCAAAGCAUCCCAAAAAAUGUACAAUGGUCUUGUAACUUAUAGUGAAAAUAGUGACAAAACUGGGAACAUAACGUAUAUAGAAGUUGGUUGCAAUGUUGAAAAUUGCAACAGCCAAAAUGGACAAUAGUAUUAGUGAGGGAGAUAUUUGUGGAUUUGGGGUGCUUUUUGUAAUUAUAAUGUUAUUAUGUGUUGUGUUAUGUCGAAGCAUCUCGCUGAGACAUCGAUUUUUAAGGUACUAUUAGUUGAUCAACU